UUCUUGUGUGAUCCCUUCCCUGCUAUCUCUGUAAACUCGAUCCCGGGAAUGCCGAUUUUGCCGAUUUCUACUCUACAUACAGUAAUUAAUUUUAAAAAUAUUUUCCUCUUCCAAAAUAAAAAUAUCCCAAAAAUAAACACUCCUUCCUUCCUUUUAAGCUUCUCAUAAAAACUUUCCUCCUCCACUUUUCUUGACUCGUGUUCUCUCGACCUUUUUCCUUUAAAAAAUACCCAAUCAAUCACAGCCCCUCUUUUGAUUUUUUUUGCUGUUUUGCUUUAGGGGGUGUGAUUUUUAAAAGAAAAGAUUUAAAAUAUUAUAGACCACCUGACACUUUUUUUUGUUUUUUAUUGCUUCAAUAUAUUCUCUUCAACUUUUAAAACCCCUUGUUUAACCUUUUUAACUUUACAACAGCCUUUAAAUUCUAAACACUUUUUAUUUAGUUUUUUAUUUUUUUUAAUUUAAUAAUUUUUUAGCUACAAAUAUAAAUUAAUUAAAACUUUCCCCUAUUUUUACAUUACAAUAUUAUUUUAAUUACAAAUCUACUUCAAUAAUCAUGAGCAAAACAGAUUUUUACGCAGAAGAAAAAACUUUGGCAGCCCCAAAAUCAAUGAAACAAUCAGGCCCUACUUCUGGAGGAUUAGCAACACAUGCACCAUCAUUAGCAAGUGGAGGGGCAGCAAAAUUUUAUGGAAGGGAUUUGCGGGAAUAUGAUGACAAGGAUAUUGAAGGGCUUUUGUCUAAUUUGUCAAUGGAGGAAUUGGAGGAUUUAAAUAAUGAUUUUGAUCCGGAUAAUUCUCUAUUACCACCCUCUCAGCGUUGUCGUAAUCAGACCGAUAAAGAACCAACAGGCCCCUAUCAAAGAGAUAAAUUAUUAAAAUAUUUGGAAGACAAGGCCAAAACUGAAAAAGAUUGGGAAGAAGUUGUGCCAUUUUCUCCAGGAAUUAAAAGAGGCAAAAUUUUUGAACCUAAAGACGAUGAAGAAAGGGAAAAUAAAAUUGGUAUAAAGGGGGAAAUGCAAAUGCCAAUAGAAUUGGAUAUUGAUGAUGACGAUGAUGAAUAUGAUGGAAAUGAUGAUGUUUUGAUUGAAAAAGCUUUUAAAAAUGCCCCAGAAGGGGAUUUGGUUGAUUUGGCUGGAAUUUUGGGAAUGCACAAUGUAUUAAAUCAACCACAAUAUUAUAAUGCUUUGAAAGGAAGAGGGCAAAAUGAAGAAACUGGAUUUUCGUUUAAUGGUGUUAUAAAAGCAUUUCAACCACGUCCAGUCCCAGAUGAACCUGAAAAUGAAACUGAUGUCGAGGAUUGUAUUAGAAGGCUAGAGCAAAGCGAUACGUCUUUAAAUGAAAUAAAUAUAAAUAAUAUGAAAAGAAUUUCAAAAGAAAGAAUUAGACAAAUGAUUAGGGCGGCGACGAAAUCUAAAAAUUUACAAAAAUUGUCGUUGGCUAAUACUGCUAUUUCCGAUCAAGAAGCUAGGCCUCUUUUGGAAUUAAUAGAAAGGACAGAUUCUCUAAAAAUUCUCAACAUCGAGUCGAACUAUAUUAGUCCAGAAAUGAUUGCCAAAUUACUGAGGGCAACAUUAACAACCCAAUCCCUCGUUGAAUUUCAUGCUGAAAAUCAAAGACAAUCAGUUCUUGGAAAUCAAAUAGAAAUGGAUAUAAUGUUAAGUGUUGAAGAUAAUGAUUCUCUUUUACGAGUUGGCGUUUCUCUUCAAUCUAUGGAGGCAAGAAAUCGUGUUGGUGAAGCCCUUGAAAGGAAUUAUGAACGACUACGCCUGCAACGACUGGGAGACAAAGCAAGAAAGUAA